AUGCAUCAGGACAUGAUGGGGUUUUUGCUGGCAGGAAUGGCGGAUGUGGAUCACAGCCUGGCAGCGCCUGGUUUGCGGCCUCUGUGCGCUCGGUAUGCUGUGCAGGGAAGCCGCCUGACUUCCUCGACUCAUGGAGCCAAUCGUGACGAUGGAUGUGACAUCAGUGGAGUGAAACAUAUCGUUCUCUCUCCGCCUCACACUGCUCCACUUUCUGUCUCCUCUCCGUACAAAGUGUUCGUCCUUAAAGCAUCCCCUCCCCCCCCCCCAGUGCCUCCAGUGCUGGGCGGCUCCCUGACGCUGCCCUGCCUGGUGUCCCUGCCCCCCCCGCCUUCCGCCUCCUCCAACGGGCGCCACGCCGUGCUGACGCUGCCCCGGGUCAAAUGGAGCGUCCUGACUCAGGGCCACGAGGCGGAGAUCCUGGUGGCGCGGGGGGACAGGGUGAGGGUCAGUGAGGCGUUCAGGGACCGGGCCUCGCUGCCGCACUACGCCUCGUCCCCCGCAGACCUCACGCUGCAGCUGGAGCGCCUGCAGCACAACGACACCGGGUUCUACCGCUGCGAGGUGACGCAGGGGCUGGAGGACGCCCACGCCCUCGCCCAGGUCAAGGUCAAAGGUGUGGUGUUCCUCUAUCGUGACGCCUCCAGUAGGUACGCCUUCACCUUUGAGCAAGCAAGAGACGCCUGCGCAGAGAUCGGGGCGGAGAUGGCGUCUCCGGAGCAGCUGGAGGCCGCGUACCACAGCGGAUACGAGCAGUGUGACGCCGGCUGGCUCUCCGACCGCUCCGUGAGGUAUCCGAUCCAGAUGCCCAGAGAGGGAUGCUUCGGGGACAUGGAUGGAUUACCGGGAGUGAGGAAUUAUGGGAUGUUAGAGCCCGACGAGCUGUACGACGUCUACUGCUACGUGGAGAAUAUCGAUGGUGAGGUGUUCCAUGACCCCGCCCCCCAGCGCUUCACCUUCUGGCAGGCGAAGGCAUUCUGCCUGAGUCACGGGGCGGAGCUGGUCACCACGGCUCAGCUCUACGCCGCCUGGAGCGACGGCCUGAACCUCUGCAGCCCGGGGUGGCUGGCGGACGGCAGCGUACGAUACCCCAUCGUCACCCCUAGGGAGCGCUGUGGGGGGGGGGAGCCUGGGGUCAGGACCGUGUAUCGCUACAGCAACCAGACCGGCUUCCCCGAGCCCCACACUCUGCACGACGUCUACUGCUUCAAACACUCUCCUCUGGACUUCCUCUCCACUGAGCGCGCGGACAUCGGCCAGGACGUCGUGUUCUUCACCGACCCUUCAGAGGAGGAGGGGUUCAGCAACAGCGAGGCGACGGAAAAGAGCCUCGAAGAGAUCUUCCACGUCCAGACGGACAAUCCUCUCAAACACGUUCCUGUGCAGAAGAUUACACUCGGAUACAACCAGGAAGCACCCAGUUCUCUGUCUGUCACUCAAACAUCUGAGCAUCCAGACUCCACAGGGGAGGAGAGAGAGAAGGAAAGCUUCCCGGAGGCAUAUCAUCCGGCAUCUGAUGAGGAAAACACUGAAGAGUCUCCAGCAGCUUCUCCACAAAGUGUUGAUGGAGCCUCCACUUUACCCACAACACCUGAAGAGCCCUCAGAGCAUCCUUUUACUGUCACCGAAACAACUGAUACUUUAAAUGCAACACCUGCAUCUCAUAGUUCUGUCACCGAAACAACUGAUGCUUUAAAUGCAACACCUGUAUCUCAUAGUUCUGUCACCGAAACAACUGAUGCUUUAAAUGCAACACCUGCAUCUCAUAUUUCUGUCACCGAAACAACGAAUACUUUAAAUGCAACACCUGCAUCUCAUAUUUCUGUCACUGAAACAACGAAUACUUUAAAUGCAACACCAUUAUCUCAUAUUUCUGUCACCGAAACAACUGAUACUUUAAAUGCAACACCUGCAUCUCAUAGUUCUGUCACCGAAACAACUGAUACUUUAAAUGCAACACCUGUAACUCAUAUCUCUGUCACCGAAACAACUGAUACUUUAAAUGCAACACCUGCAUCUCAUAUUUCUGUCACCGAAACAACUGAUACUUUAAAUGCAACACCUGUAUCUCAUAUUUCUGUCACCGAAACAACUGAUACUUUAAAUGCAACACCUGUAUCUCAUAUUUCUGUCAUCGAAACAAUGGAUACUUUAAAUGCAACACCUGCAUCUCAUAUUUCUGUCACCGAAACAACGAAUACUUUAAAUGCAACACCUGUAACUCAUAUCUCUGUCACCGAAACAACUGAUACUUUAAAUGCAACACCUGCAUCUCAUAUUUCUGUCACCGAAACAACUGAUACUUUAAAUGCAACACCUGUAUCUCAUAUUUCUGUCACCGAAACAACUGAUACUUUAAAUGCAACACCUGUAUCUCAUAUUUCUGUCACCGAAACAACGAAUACUUUAAAUGCAACACCUGUAUCUCAUAUUUCUGUCACCGAAACAACUCCAGCUGUAAAUGAAACACCUGUAUCUCAUAUUUCUGUCAUCGAAACAACGGAUACUUUAAAUGCAACACCUGCAUCUCAUAUUUCUGUCAUCGAAACAACGAAUACUUUAAAUGCAACACCUGUAUCUCAUAUUUCUGUCACCGAAACAACGAAUACUUUAAAUGCAACACCUGUAUCUCAUAUUUCUGUCAUCGAAACAACGGAUACUUUAAAUGCAACACCUGUAUCCCAUGCCUACGAGCUCCUCAGCAGCUCUCCAGGUGUUCCCCAUGUGGAGGACCUUCCUGUUUCACACACUCCUGAAGCUGAGCUCGUCCACUCGAGUGUUUCAGAAGCCAGCGCUGCUCCCUUGGAGGAGACAUCUUCACCAAACGCACAGGAAACAGAUGUUCUCUCCGCCGCCCCGCAGCCUGAGAUCUACCCGACAGAAGAGGAGCAGGUGACCCGUGUUCUGGAGCUGGAAACUCAAAUGCCUUUCACUCAAAGUUCAGGUGUUCUUGAAACCUCUGCAGCCUCUGAACUGCUGCCUACGUCGGCUUCAGGUUAUGAUCUCACUGCAGAGCCUCCGGGUGUUUCUGUGGAGUCGCCCUCCCCCGGAGAUGGAGCUGAUUUGAACUCCAGCAGCUCUUCAGAGGAGGCAGCAACACAUCCUCCCCCCCCUCCAUCCUGCAGAGACCCUCCUCACAGACUCAUCCAGUGUCACCUCCUUCCCCACCUUCCCCUCCUCUGCUCCUGUCCCCCCGUCCACAGAGAAUACAACAGAACAUCUGGAGGAGAAGCAGGAGGAUUUGGGAGAAGUUUUCCUCAGCACCACCCAGAAUAUCUUCCACUUUGGUGCUGCGGCGAAGGAGCAGAUGACGGCGGCGAGGGAUCAGCUGAAUCCUCAGGAGGAAACCCGGAGGUCACGUCUUCGCUAUUUCUGACAAAUCCCACUUUUGCCCACAGUGAGGGCGAGGAGGCCACAGACGCUCCUCCCCCCUCGGAGGUUAAGAUCACGCUCCUCCCUCGACUAGGCCUCUCCCCUGGCUGGGAGCAAGGUCCCUCCUCUUCCUCUUCCUCCUCCUCUUCCUCCUCAACGCUACAGGAGUCCCGCUCUGAUGUGGAGUUCAGCGCCAUGCCUCCUGCAGCCGAGGAAGAGGAGGAGAUCUCCACCAGCAGCAUGCAUGAUCCUGGAUCAGAGGGGGAGAGCAGCACUGACGAUCCCUCAGGUAAAUUCUGCACGAUGCCUCCAGGUGAGGAGGACAGUGGGGGCCCGACGGUCUCCAAAGAGGAUGUGACUGCCCCGCCUAUAUUCCCGGGGUCUUCAGCCAUGGCCGUCUCCAGAUAUACUGCAGACUCGUGUGCUGAGAGUCCGUGUCUCAACGGAGGAACUUGUGUUGACGGUGAACCAACGAUCUGCAUCUGUUUACCCGGUUACCAUGGAGACCUCUGCCAGACAGACGUGGAGCUGUGUGAGGCCGGCUGGCAGAAGUUCCAGAGCUUCUGUUACCGACACUUUGUGAAGAGGCAGAGCUGGGAGGCGGCGGAGCAGCACUGCCGCAUGUGUGGAGGACACCUGCUGUCAGUCAUGACCCCCGAGGAGCAGCUGCACAUCAACGAGAGAGACAAAGAGUACCAGUGGAUCGGACUGAACGACCGAACCAUCGAGGGAGACUUCCGCUGGUCGGACGGGAACCCUCUGCUGUAUGAGAACUGGUUCGCGGGUCAGCCCGACAGCUACUUCCUGUCCGGGGAGGAUUGCGUGGUGAUGGUGUGGCACGACGGCGGCCGCUGGAGCGACGUUCCCUGCAACUACCACCUGUCCUACACCUGCAAGAAGAGCGCCUCGUCCUGUGGCGAACCGCCCAGAGUUCCCGGUGCUAAGGUGUUCGGGAAGAAGCGUUUGCGUUUCGAGACGAACUCCAGAGUGCGGUACUACUGUGAGGACGGCUUCCUGCAGAAACUCAACCCCGUGAUCAGCUGUCUGCCCAGCGGCCAAUGGGAGGAGCCGAUGAUCACCUGCAUCCAAGCCCCUUCAAAGGAAGAAGACCCAGUGACAUCACUUCCUGUGCGGCGUGAGGAGGUCACGGAGGUCACGGAGGUCACGGAGGUCCAGGAAACAGUCACAGAGAAACCUGUGUGGCUCUUCUAGGACAUCAAGUGGGUCGACUGAAGCCUUUGAAAAAAUCUUCUUUUCCAUAUUUUAUUUGUUCCUUAAAAGUCAAUGUUCUGCAUUAAAGUUAAACUGUAUAAAUCUAAUCUUUAAUAUUAAAAUCAUUUCGACGCCACCUGGAAAAGCUGUAAUCCAAAUGUGUGUUUUUCUGUAAAAUCGAAAUACUUUUGGUAAAUUACGCAAACGAAACCUUAAGAACAACCCCGAGCUAAAAUGCUAAUGUAUCUGUGCACAGGUGACAUCUUUCUAAACACUCUCCACGUCUUUUGGUGCUUUGUAUUUCUCUGUUUGCCAAAAUGAACCGUCAGUAUGACGAGAGUUUAAUUUAAAAUGUGUAAAUAUGAUCUACACAAAGACGCACAUUUUGGGGAUCAAUUAAGUAAAAAGUAUUUCAAUGAUGCAACGACAUCUUAUGUACCGUCUCUUUUCUAGUUUGUAGUACUGUAAUAUACUUGUAACAAUGCAGGUGGUGUUAAUUGUUUAUCUAAUUAACGUAAUAAAUGUAUAAGUAUAAUAUAGUAAACAUGAAUACGAUUAAAAAGUAGAAAUAAAAUGGAUUUUUUACUGUUGAAAA